AUGCCAAAGUUUGUUCCUCGAGAAAGGAAGCACAAGAGGCUUGCCCGGAACAAGAGCAGCGAUCCUCAAGCGGCCGCCGGGAGUGGAAUUCACCAGGCCAACCAGGAGGAAAUCGUGCCGCUGUCGAAGACCGAGAGGGAGGAGAGGAAACGGAAAUUGAAAGAGGAGAUUCAUGGGCCUGAAAAAGUCUCCGGCAAGAAGAAAAAGCGGUUGGACAAGUAUAUUGAGACAAAGUUGAAAAAGGAAGAGAAUCUUGAACUAUUGAAGAAACUCGCUGCCCAAAAGGUCGACACCAGUCUACUGCAGAGCUCUAAAAAGCUGGGAAGAGUCUCGGAGAGCAAGAAGGAGAAAUUGCAGCGAGCGUUGAGCGAGAGACAGGCAGGUUUGGACAUUCAAGGCGACCAAGAUGCGAUUCUAUUCGAGCAGCGUCCCCCGCAUUCGCCGCACUCAUCAAGCGACGUCCCGGAUGCUGAGCACGAACUGUCCGAUGGAAAUGCUGCAGAGACGGUUCCUGCAGUAAAGCCCACAACGUCUUUCGGGAGCGGAUUGAAGAGACCAUUGGAAACAGACGCAUCAGGACAGCCGCUCAUAAAGAAGCGCAAACGACAAAAGAAGCCGAGCGCCAUUCAGUUCUCGGCUCACCGCGUGCCCGAAGCACUUCCAAGUGAGCUGCAAGAAGAAGAGGUUGAAUCGGGCGACGAGUGGAAUGGCUUCGACUCCGAUAUUGGCAGGGAGCCAGAGCUUGAUAGUGAAAAUGAAGAGCUUGAUUCAAUGUCACAGGACUCGAAAGGCUCAGAGGAUCUGGACGAGGACUGGGGUUCCGAAUUAGAAGUAAUGGAUAACGAGAGCACAGAGGACGAUGAGGAGUUAGGAGAUAAACCGGAAAGGGUCUCUGCAUUCAAAGCCUGGGCUGAUACUCAACGAAAUGAAGCGGUUGGCUUUACUCCUUCAGCUCUUCCCGCAGAUGAUAAGGCAGCCCGUGCCUCCUUCAAGCCUCGCGCACCUUCUCCGGACCCUUUGGCAACUGAGAUUGCAAAGACGUCCAAAGGCGAUUCUUAUCGACCUGCGGCGGCAGUUACGAUUCCACGAUCGGAUGAGGUCCAAGCAACCCGUCUAGAGCUUCCAGUGGUGCAAGACGAACAGAGAAUAAUGGAAGCUAUCCACAAUAAUCCUGUCACUGUUGUUUGCGGUGCUACUGGAUCCGGCAAAACUACUCAGCUACCACAAAUGCUGCUCGAAAAUGGCUACGCCUCAACUGGAAUGAUUGGAAUCACCCAACCACGGCGGGUUGCGGCGACCUCAGUUGCAAGUCGGGUCGCGCAUGAGCUCGGAAACGAAUAUGGAAAGAAAGUCGCUCAUCAAGUGCGCUACGAUACGAAUGUUGGUCGAGAUACCAAGAUCAAAUUCAUGACGGAUGGUAUCCUGUUGCGAGAAAUUAGUCAGGACUUUGCUCUCUCGAAAUACAGCGCUGUUGUGAUUGACGAGGCACACGAGCGUAGCGUCAACACUGAUAUACUCAUUGGGAUGCUUUCACGAAUAGUUCCAUUGCGGCAAGAGCUGAGUCUCGAGGAUCCUAAAAAGCAUCAUCCUUUAAAGUUGAUCAUCAUGAGCGCUACGUUGCGGGUAACGGACUUUAUCAUGAAUCAGCGACUGUUCAAGUCCACAAAACCUCCCAUAGUGCAAGCCGAAGGACGACAGUUUCCUGUGACCGAACAUUUUGCUCGCCGGACUCAGAGAGACUACGUCGCCGAGACUGUGCACAAGGUAGCAAGAGGUCACGCCAAACUUCCUCCCGGUGGCAUUCUUGUUUUCUUGACUGGUCAGGAUGAGAUUCAGACGGUCGAGAGCAGACUGAAAGAAGCAUUCGCUGUCCAAUCAACAGGGUUUCAGAACUCCAGGCACCUGGGCAAGACACCGCGGAAUGACUAUAUCGAGGAAGAGGAGCCGGGCGAUGACUCCGAUUCAGAGGUGGAAAUCACUGGUCUCGAUGAAGACGAUGCCGAAGAUGCAGAAUUCGAAGUGGAGGUAGACCCGUCAUUACCACAGCGAAGCGGCGUGCUGAAGCCUCACAUUCUCUCCUUGUAUGCUGCACUGCCCACGAAUCAGCAGAUGAAAGUCUUUGAGCGGCCUCCAGAAGGCUCACGGCCAAUCAUCCUUGCCACCAAUGUGGCGGAAACAUCACUCACCAUUCCCGGCAUUCGAUACGUUUUCGAUUGCGGACGCAGCAAAGAGAAGCAGUAUGAUACCUCCACUGGUGUGCAAGAGUUCAGGAUCGACUGGAUAUCCAAAGCAAGCGCCUCUCAGCGAGCCGGACGUGCCGGUCGAACGGGCCCGGGACACUGCUACCGUCUGUACAGCUCGGCCAUUUACGAGCAAUAUUUCGAAGAGCACUCACUGCCGGAGAUCCUAAGGACACCAAUCGAAGGCACUGUUCUGCAGCUUAAAAGUAUGGAUGUUGACAAUGUUGUGAACUUUCCCUUUCCAACGCCGCCCCAACGCGAGCAGCUCGCUCAGGCCGAACGCCUGCUGAAGAACCUCGGUGCCAUCGAUGCCAAACUUGGCAGGGUUACAGACAUCGGCAAAGAGCUGAUUCACUACCCGGUCAACCCAAGAUUCGGAAAGAUGCUUCUCUUGGGCGCCCGGAACAAAGUGAUUGCGCACACAAUCGCUCUUGUUGCUGGUCUAGCCGUCGGCGACCUAUUCAUCCCCGAAACGCAGUUUGCCCAAAGCAUAUCAGCUGGCGGAACAGAGGCUCAGCCAUCAGAAUUCAGCGAUGAGAAUAGCGCAAAAGCAAAGAACUCGGGUCUCUCUGAAGCUGCGUCGAAACAGAAGCAGGCCUACGGCCGCGCACAGGCCACACUGUCUGCUUGGGACGAUAAGUCCGAUGCGAUAAAGCUACUAACGGCUGUCGCUGCUCACGCACAAGAGGCGAACGACAGCAAGUCUUUCUGCGCGAAGUAUUUUGUGCGUCAGAAGGGCAUGGACGAAGUUCAACAGCUUAGACGACAGCUCCACAGCAUCGUACAGAAUCACAUCAAGCACGGUAUAGAUACCUCUUACAAGCUGGUGCUCUCACCGCCCUCGCGGGAGCAGAUCAGCAUCCUCAAGCAGAUUGUGGCCGCAGGCUAUAUCGAUCAGGUGGCUGUGCGCGCUGAUCUCUUACCUUCGGCCGUCAGUACUGGCAGAAAGCCACGGCGAGCGAUCGAGGUGCCUUAUCGUACCCUCAUGCCAUCUAUCACCGAAGCCGAAAUCGAUCGCACGGCGAGUCCUGAGGACCAGGCGCAACUGCGCAGCGCCUUCAUUCACUCCGGCAGUGUGCUCUCGAAGCUCUCCGUCGCUGAAAUGCCGCCUUAUAUCGUCUACGCGAAUCUCAGCCGCGCCACGGCCAACGUGGAGGGCGAGAAGAAGCGGGUGCGACUCCAUCCGCUCACCACCGUGGGUCCGAAGCAGUUGGGUGCCCUCGCAGAUGGGACGCCGCUGCUGGAGGUGGGGAAGCCCAUUGGCAAGAUUGAAGAGAAGGAUGGAGGCAAACGCAGAGAGUGCUGGGUGAGCAUGGCUCUUCGCGAUCCAAAUGCUGUGGGUACGAUCGGGUGGCCCUUGGGAGCAUGGAAGGUCGUCCAGUCGCGGAAGGCCAAGGAUUGGGCCAUCGAGAAGGUGAUUGAUCGAGGGAGAUAG